CUUCAAUCCACAAGGUGGCGGUAAUCCACCUAAAAGUUGUUUGCAUACCGCCAUUAAAAGGACGAAGUAAAAUCAAAACAGAGAAGGUUAAAUGAUGUCCAAGUUUAGCACAGUAAUUUGGCCCAAAGUCAUUUUAUAUGGUGACUCCAUCACUCAGUUUUCCUUUCAGGCCAAUGGAUGGGGAGCAGAAACUGCAAAUAAGCUUGCAAGAAAAUGUGACGUUGUGAACAGAGGACUGUCUGGCUACAACUCCAGAUGGGCGAAGAUCAUCCUUCCUCGCCUGAUCAGCAGCCAGAAUCCAGCAGAAAACCACAUAGCAGCUGUUACCGUCUUCUUUGGAGCCAACGACGCUUCGCUGGAAGAUGAGAACCCACAGCAGCAUGUCCCUCUACAGGAGUAUUCAGAGAACCUGAAGGAUAUCAGCAGGUUUCUGACCUCAGCUGGUGUUUCAGCAGACAAAGUCAUCUUCAUUACGCCUUCUCCGAUUCACGAGCCGGCCUGGGAGAAGGAGUGCAUUCUCAAAGGAUGCCCUCUCAAUCGGCACAACUCGGUGGUGGGACAGUACGCUCAGGCCUGUGUUCAGGCAGCCGGUCAGUGUGGGUCAGACGUCCUGGACCUCUGGACACUCAUGCAAAAAGAUGGACAAGACUACACCGUCUACCUCUCUGACGGGCUGCAUCUCUCGGAGAAGGGAAACCAGUUUGUGGCCCGGCAUCUCUGGAGCCUGUUAGCUGGCCGCGUGGCUCACCUACCCUUCAUCCUGCCUUACUGGGGAGACGUGGACGCCAAGAACCCAGAGACUAGCCUCCUCUGUAACUCAUGAGAAAGAGAAACAGCUAAAAACAAGCAGUGGAUUGAACACUUUACAAAGGUUCAUUUUAUUUUUUUGAUUUGCAGCAACCUAAAUAUUAAUGUUUAAGGUGUAAAAUAAAGAUUUUUUUUUA